UGGUGGGCCUAGCUUUCAUAAGCAUUUAUAAUUUUAAAUAAAUAUUCACUUAUUAUUAUCGCAAAAGUCAACUGGUCUUAGAGAAAUAGCCAAUAAUUUUGCAAAUUCUGGCCUUGCCUUUUUGAAUGUUGUCAGAAUGAUUCGACGGAGCAGUGUGAAGAUUGAACAGUAUGACCAUAUACAACCUUUAUAUAUUUGAUCGCAAUGGAACAUGUUUAUGUUACCAGGAAUGGAUUAGAAGGAAACAAUCAGGCAUAACAAAAGAUGAAGAAUACAAACUGAUGUAUGGAAUGCUAUUCUCAAUUAAAUCUUUUAUCAAUAGAAUUUCUCCAGUUGAUACUAAAGAUGGGUUCCUUAGUUUUAGUACCAACUCAUAUAAACUUCAUUUCUAUGAAACACCUAGUGGACUGAGGUUUGUCAUCAACACCAGCUUGAAUGUUGGCUGUUUAAGAGAGGUGCUUCAACAAAUAUAUAGCAAUAUUUAUGUGGAAUAUGUUGUAAAGAAUCCAAUGUGUGAAUUAGAUAAAGCAAUUGAGAGUGAAAUCUUCCUCAGCAAAUUAGACAGUUUUAUAAGGAACUUGCCAGCAUACUCAGCAAAAUAGAGCAACACAUCAAAGAGUAAUCCUUUAAUAGCUGAUACUCAGUCAACAGAAAUUUACAGAUGAGGGUGGAUAAAAUUAAUAUAUACCAUAGUCUUAAAAAAAAUCCUCAGUAAAGUCAGCAUUUCCAUGACAGAUGAGCCACACUCAAGACUAGUCCACCAUGAUUAUUAGGGCUAAGAUGGACAAUUGGGUUAUUUCACCUCUAAAUGCCCUAAAGUGGCACUCUGAGGCCAAAUGUCUCUGGCUUAUAAAAUGAUUAAUUUUCCCCGAACCGCCCAAGUUGUGUAACAGUGUGGUCAUACAAUCAUUGCUAUGCUGUACAGCAUUUCCAUUACCUUGCCUUUCCCCCUGUUGUUCAGGCUAAGCAUGCGACCUAGGUUUUGUAUGUGUAUGAUGUUUUAUCCUUUUUGAAUAAAGUUGUUGAAAUGAAAAAAAAAAAAUUACUUGGGUGGCUAUAAUUUUUGAUUAUCAAUAGUGAUAAAAACAAUUUUUAUUUUAAAUUUCAGAUUUAGAUUUCUUUAAUAAC